GCCCGGAGUGAUCCACAGAGGGUUCGUGCCCAUGCUACCAGCACAUCAGAUCAGCAGGCGGUCGGUGAGAGGCCGUGCUGACCUCCCCGCGAUCUCUACUGAUCUCUUUGCGACCCCUGCUGACCUUGCUGUGACCUCUGCUCACACCCCGAGGAGCUUCACCAAGCGUCAGGUGGUUGUAGCUCAUGCUGACCUUCAUACGGCUGUGUCUGACCCCGUGACCUCUGGCGACCUGACGUCGGCCGGGUCGCAGCUCCAGGAAGCGUACCAACCACACUACACCGACUACGGUCGUCAGCAGGGCCGGCAAAACUACGCCGUCCAACGCGACCCGUACGAACGCUACCUGCCCAGGGAGGACGACAGCGACCCGUAUUUCAGAUAUGCCCCGCGUGAAAGCAUCCAGCACUUCCACGACGACGAGGAUGACGCAUCUGGCGGCGAGGAAGGGCACAUCCGGCACGACUUCUACGGCCGGCCGCAGCGGACCAGCUACAAAAAACGUCCGCAAGUAGACUAUGAUGACUACGAGAACGCUGGUUACCAUGGCGACGAUCGUCAGGAUGAAGACUACCCAGCCGAUUACACAUAUGAUGAUGAAUACUACCCUAGCAACGGACGUCCCGCCGACGGCUCCCGUGGCAACCGUCGCCCUGACGACGGUUACCGUGGCAACAGUCGUCCUGACAACGGCCGAGUGGGUGACGACUUUUACGAAAAGGAUAACGAGACCGAAAAUGACCAAGAUGAGUACUACAGCGGAGCCUUGAAUGGACGCAGGAAACGGCGGAGGCGGUACCCGAAGCGCCACGGUCUCAGAUACGGAAAUGAAGCGUACGAGGGCGGCGACAGGACGCGCGGAACGGACCGCGAUAAGCAAUUCAGUCGGAGGGCAGGAGAGAUACAGGAGGAAGCCUCCCAGGGCUACGAAGAUACUCGGGAAGCCGUCAGCGAUAUGCUGGAUGCAAUGUCGCACAAGAGAAACGACGAUAACUGCAAGGAGGUCAAGCGAGACGGCAUGACGUGCUUCCAGUGCACCGACUCCGAAGGCAUGGAGACGGAGGACUGUGCCUACGCCGGCGGUGACCCCGAUGGUCGCCACACGAGCUACAGUGUCUCCUCGAGCUACGGCGAAACCCCUCGGAAAUCUCGCCCCUCCCGCGACCCUAGCGCCACCUAUACACCCGACCGCAGCGACGUUUACCGUCAAGUGAGGCGAGGCAGGAAGAGCCGCUCAGCCGAAGUGCGUGGUGGCGGUCCAGGUGGCGGAAACGGCGCCGAUUCUGCGGAGGCCUCGGGCGGUCCGCGCCUCCGUGAGAUGAUGCGAGGUGGCAGCACCUCUGCUCACCGGUGGCGCCACCUAUUGGACGCCAACGGUGGCUCAGACCGGUCGGGGGCAGAUCCCGAUCUGGACGUGGUCACGACUCGGGCUGCGAGUCAUUCGAGUUUCGACGGACGCCAACAGGUGGCCCUGCCGUCGCUCGGAAGGUGAGCCGCCUGUGUGUGGACCAAGGCCGCGUCACACGCAACAUCCAGAGGUCAGAGUGGAAUCGCCUGGCGCAUGCGCAUUGACACUGAUUUAGCCAAGGAUGUACUGCAGAG